UGCACUUUCUUUUAAACUGAUAAGUAAUUCUAUUUUAGGAAAGAAUGUAGCAAAAAGCUUAGCCUUUUAGAUACAUCAUCUUUCAUAUGUUGAUUUUCGAUGGCGCUGUGUACAGUGCUCAACUUCACAUCCAUUUGUAAAUUACUAGACCAAUGUGCCGUGUUUGCCCCUAGGCUAUUACCCCAGCUGUGCAAUCACUUCAGGGUUGUACUCUAAGUUUGAAGUGAUUUGAUACAUACCCAGUCAAUCAGCGCCCCUGGCUUCUCAGGAGAAUGAACGGCUCCCUUUUAACCCCACCCAGCCCCCGAGCGGCAAAUUCCUCUCCUUUGCCUCCAUCCCCUUCUCCAUCCCCCCCAUCUCCCUCUUUAUUGCCCCUUUCUUCCCGGCCACCACCACUACCCCCGCUGGUGAGUCCUCCACCCCAAGCUCACCCAUCCUCCCUGUCAGACACCCCAACGCCAUCCCCCUCGCCAUGUUUGAGCUGGACCGAAUUCUGUGAACUGCAUGCCCGCGUGGCAGCCGGUGACUUUGCACGGCACUUCCGGGCUUUUCUGCUGGAGAACCCACACUACUCUGCUGACUCAGCGGCAGCCUUCUGCCGCCGCUUCACCGACCGCUUUGUUCGCCAUUUCCAGAGCGAGCUUGAGGGGGUGCCCCCGCCAAGCUGUCCCACUGGAAGGGAGGAAAUGGGGAGCUGGGCUCCCCAGUCAGAUGCAACCUCCCUUGAAGAGGAGGCAGUCUCGCCCCUUCCGGCAAGUGGGGGAGCUGUCUCAUCAAACCCUACGCGGGUCUCUGCCAAGCCCACACCCACACGACUGGUAUUGGAGAACCGCAGUGGGGAAAGGUUUCAGGACUCCUAUGCCCACACCCAAAUCCUGCCUCCAUCCUCCUCUUCCUCAUGCUCCUCCUCUGUGGGAGGUAACAAUGGGAGACGUGAAGAGAGGGGGGCCUUUGUAGUACCCGGCAAUGGCGAGGCGCCAGUUGAGGAAGAGGAGGACAGCUGGCUCGGGGUAGCUGGUGUGGGUGAGGAUGCUGAGGCAGAGGAGAGAGAGUUGGAGUCUACAGAGGUGUGCCUGGACAGUACUGACCCCUCCCACACUCCUCAAAUUCCGACCUCCUCCUCUUCUGCCACCCCCCCUGGCUCAAAGGGCAGCAGCACGGCAAACUCCUCCAAAAGCAAACUAAAAAAGCGCUUCUCACUGCGGAGUGUUGGUCGCAGUGUGCGAGGGAGCGUCAGGGGCAUCCUGCACUGGCGAAGCUCCUCCAGUGAUUCAGCCCAGGGCCAGAGCCAUCUUCCCUCUAGCUACAGCUACACUAUGGGUGUCCAGGAUGCUGCCUCGGCCUCCACCAAAAGGAACUCUGGCACACAGCCUCCCACACCCACUUCCUCCAUGCCUGUCUCCCUCUCCCUGCCCCUCUCCCUGCCUCACUCCUCCUCCUCUUCUCUGCCCCCCUCUUCGUCCAGUAGUGCCACAUCUCUGUCGCUGUCAGAGGCGGCCCGGGACCGACGACGGAGCAAUGGUGAAGGAGGCGAGAAGGAGAAGUGGAGUCAGCGCCUGGAGAAGCUCAGGCUGUCACGAUCACCGCCCCCUGUUCUCACUUCCUCGACCAUGGGGUCUCACCCUACCUCCUCUACGCUGCCCCCCAGUAGCGCAGCUGCUGCUGCCAUUGGGCCUCCUAGGAAGGUGGGCCGGCUUGUACGGGAAGGUGGAGUGACUGUCAGCUCAUCCAGUGAUGAGUUUGGUGCGAGCCAUGGCUUCUCCGGCUUCUCCUUUGGCCUGCUGCACCAUGGCAUGGACAACAACAACGCUGCCUCAGUGUCCACCGCUGUGGCUCAAGGAGGUCCAGUGCAGCCUCUGGCCAGCGGCGGCAAUGUGCCCUGGAGAGGAGGCCGCUGGCAUAAAUGUCGCCUGGUCUUAAGAGAGAGGGACAAAGAGGGUGGUGAACGAGGGGAAGAGUAUUACCUGGAAUUCUUCAUCCCACCAAAAUCGUCUAAGCCCAGGCUGACUGUCCCAUGCUGCUCCAUCAUCGAUGUGAGGAGCACCACAGCGUUGGAGGUCCCUGACAAGGAGAACACAUUCCUCCUGCAGCUGGAAGGGGCGGUGCAGUAUGUAAUAGAGACACGUGAUGCCGUGCAGAUGAGAGCCUGGCUAAGUGACAUCAGGAACGGCAUUUGUCUGAGUGAGCAGGAGGACAUUGAGGGCGUGUGUGGUGGGCAGCUGGAUGUCAGUGGGACACCCGAGUUUGUUGACCGCCUUUCACAAGUGUGUUAUGGGGGUAUUGGAGGCUCCUCCCCUUUGAUGGAUCCUCUGCCACCAGAGUUACCGCCUCGAGCCCCUCUCGAUGAACCUGAUGGUCGGGGUCUAGGAGGAGGUGGAGCUAGCCUGGGUACACCAUUUGCUGAAACACCAGAUGCCACAGGCUCCUUCCUGUUCUCAGAGGUGACCUCAGCUGAGACGGUGGAGCACCCCCUCAGUGAGUGCCAGUGGUUCCAUGGUACGCUGUCACGCCUCAAGGCUGCCCAGCUGGUGCUGGCAGGUGGCACAGCCAGCCAUGGAGUCUUCCUGGUGCGCCAGAGUGAGACCAGGCGCGGUGAAUACGUCCUUACCUUCAACUUCCAGGGCAAAGCCAAGCACCUGCGUCUGUCCCUGAAUGAAGACGGGCAGUGCCGGGUGCAGCACCUCUGGUUCCAGUCCAUUUUUGACAUGCUGGAGCACUUCCGCGUUCACCCCAUCCCCCUGGAGUCUGGUGGCGCCUCAGACGUCACACUCAUCAGCUUCGUGGGCGCCACUGCCAUUCGCCAGCCAGGCCGGGACAGGGCUGGCAGCCGGCCUACAGUCUGUGAUGUCAUCACCACGCGCCAUCCUGACUCUCCAUCAACCCCCAUCUCUGACUGUGUACUUGACCAACAGACCCCUUAGCCCUCCGCAGCCCCCUCCACCGCCCCUCCCCCCCGGUCGACCACCACCCCCGACUCCGCCCCAGGAGCGAGUCAGCCAGGCAGAGCUGGAAGGGGGAGGGGCAACGGUGGUGGGCGGAGUGGCAGGUG